CUUCUCUGAGUUCGGCAGUUGAAUCGCUUUUCAGGUCUUUUUAGUAUUUGCUGUGUUGCUUUUACCGAAUCCUAUGUAGUUAAAAGCCAAUACAUUUCAUGUAGCGUUUCUCCGCGUCGAACACUAUCUUUGCCGUUAAAGCUAUCUUGUAAACAUCCCUCCUCUUUACACUAAGAACAAUCAUCCUCCUUUUGCGUUAAAGAACUCAAUUUGGAGAGCUAGAAAAACCAUGGUAGCCAAAGGAGCUUGUAAUUGCGGAAGCAUAACCAUCACUCUGCCAUCCCUCCCCAGCCGAUCUAUCCUUUGCUAUUGCUUCAACUGUCGACGAGCAGGUGGCCCUUGUUCCGUAAACUAUGUCAUCGAACUCUCCGAAAUUGAAAUCGAAGACGCCCAAAAUACUCUCAAAUCCUACCAGGAUAGUAAUACCAAAAGCGGGAACACCAUCACUAGGCGGUUUUGUGGGAACUGUGGGAGUCCAGUGAUGUCGCUCGUGCCUGGGAUGACAAAGGUUUUUGUAAAAGGUUCGUUGUUCGACAGUAUGUCAGAGCCUAAUAGUGAAUUCUUCCUGGAGAGGAAGCCGGACUGGAUGGAAGGAGUAAAGAUUAAAGAGACGGGGGCUUAAUAGGAGAUAUUAUAGCACGUUCAGAAUGGUUGGGCGAUUUCGAAAGUAAGCCGCCCAUGGCGUCCAGGACAGAUUCUCGGUGGUCCAGAAUACCAUAUCCAGCG